AGAAUGAGGAUCACUCCUGAACAUUUUCUUCGCGCCGUUCCUUGAUUCGUUAUUCGCUCUCAAAUAUACAGUUAACACGUACAUAAUGCUCCGCAACCAUUGCUAGAAAAGAUACUCUCUCUCCUCGGGUGAUGAGCUUGCGUAAAUAGACCGCGCAGCUGCCAUUUCGAGUGUCAUGGAUGCAUAUCCAGGCGAUUAUGUCGCCCAUAAUGUCCCAUUCGUCAUACUGUCUGGGCUUGGCUCUCGGAUAUCCUCCAGCGAAGACCUACCCGAAACUCUGUUUCAAGAUGGUGGAAUAAAGAUUCAAUCAAAAUUACCACCAGUAACCGGCCCAGGUGCGGAACAACUGCUUGCAUCCUUUCUCGACGCCGACCGUCACAAUAGUCAUUUGAGCGCCGCUACUAGCUUAGAGAAGCCUUAUUUUGCUUUUAAGGUUAUAGGGCGAGAUAUCAUUUUACCUGCCAGAAAAGCUAAGCCGCCAGCCGGUCUCACAACAUCGUCGUCAGUAUCGACUACGGCAGCAUUUUCGGGUCGAUCUUCUUCUCUUCCAAUUCUUCACUCGCCCAUCUCACCACUCUCUUUUGGUUCCCCUACUUAUCCCGACGGGAUCUUAACAUCUUUAUGGGCAACGAAACAUCAGCGAUUACUUCCCGCGGCUUUUGUUUCCUUCUAUUCUCUUUUGAGAGAUCCAGAUCAACCCAUUGGAGGCGAUGAUUCUUUGGAGCGUGAGAUUUGCGAAACCAAGCAAGCGUUUGAAUCAUCUGGUCAGAGAACCAAAUUUAUUGUUGUCCUUCUUGGUGACGACCUUCCCCAUGAUGGGGGCCUGGAGGAACGAUUCACUCAUAUCCGUCGUGCGGCAGGACUGGAUAGUAAAAGCUUUUUCUAUAUUGCUGCUCUAGAUACCUUGUUGUCAGAAGACAAGGGUUUAGUGGCGAACAUUUUAUCCACAUUGCACACCACAUGUAUGGACUAUUAUCGCGAUCUUUCGAAGCAUGCCAGGCGCAAAAAGAACCGGGCCGUCAUCCCUCCUCCGACAUUGCCACCAACUUCCGGUACAUCACAGAUCCUUUCAGCCCAAGGAUGGGGCGCACGGUAUGACUUCAAGCUUGGCAUAUUCGCCGAGUUUCGCCGAGACUUGGAUGCUGCGGGUCGAAAUUAUGAAUCUGCGUAUGAAGGUCUUCUGAGUCCGGAUGUUUUCGAAGCAAUUGCAUCGUGGAGCCCGAGAUUUAAUGAGGCAAGGAUGCUCGCAGAUGUGAUCGCAAUCCGUAUUCUCCGCUGUCUUCUCUGGACUAGGCAAACGACGUCUGCCGCUCGUUCGUGGGGCAAUCAUCGGGCCAGGCUGCGAGAAUUGGUUGAUAGAAAAGGCAAAGGGUCAUCAAACUAUGGUUGGGAGGCUUGGGAGGCGACCUGGGCAAGGGUUAUGGCAGAACUCGUGCAAGGCGCAAACUUGUCUAUUUUUGAGGUCCCCUCUUCCUCUCUGAGCUUCCGGGAUAAACCGGACGCAGUAUUGGAAAUCUUUUCCGGCCCCGAGAAGGGUAUAUCCUGGAGUGACGUUCUUCCUUUCGAGCAUUUACAUCAUUCUGGGUAUUGGAUGAAACUUUCGGCUGCGCGUCUUGGUCUGCGAAAACUCCUGGCGGAGAAAAUCCCAAAGGAAGAUCGAUUGCCACCACAGUCCCCCAUGUCAAAAGCUAGCCGGACCACCUUUACCUACGAUGAUUAUCUUUGCAAUGAGCCGCAUGUAGAAGCUACAUUAUCCGGCUGCGGUGGUGUCGAUCAUUCAGCGUUAAUCUUGGAUGCUCUUGGUCAGUGCCUCCCUGAAUUCAGCAAGCGGCACCAAGUGAGGGCAGCGGAGGAAAUACAAUUUUCAAUGGCAAGGGAGCUUUUACUGCAGGAGAAUUACGAGCCUGCGCACCAAAUUUUGAAACCUCUGUAUUCUCGCAUGUCAUGGCGGCAGGAGGGUUGGUGGGAAAUGGUGUUGGAGGUUGGGUUGAUGCUCCAAAAAUGUGCAAAGCGGGUUGGUGACUCUGAAAGCAUCAUCAUUCCAGAAUUUGAACUUUGUCAUCGUGUAUUCGAUCUCACCAGCGUGGCGGCGGAUUUCCGCCCUAACGUUUCUCUUUGUCUGAAGGGCAUGCCCCCUGAGCCGAGACCAGUCAUUUCUAUUGGUUCCCGGGAUAUUGUUUCAUUUAUGUCGACGGCCUUCGCUUUUGCGUGCGCAGAAGGACACGUUGGUGAGCCCUUGUGCUCACAGUUGACGAUUCAUUCCAGUGCCAAUCCCAAGACGCCGUCGAUAGUACUUUCCGAGAUCAUUGUGAACUUCCUGGGAGGUAUCAAGGCAUUCAGGAUUCGACAUCGAGCCGAAGAGGGCCGGGAUCAAUGUCAAAUGAACACUAGCGCAAAUGCCAUUGACGUUGUCCUCAGCCCACAAGAUCAUGGGAAAAUUUACACUCAAAGGGCAUCAUCUUCUGUGCAAGCCCCACUUUGCUUCUACGGUCAUGCCGACCUGACUCUCGGUCCAGGCGAGACGAAGGUUUUGGAGAUGAAAAGUUUUCUCCGUGAGGCCGGGACCGUCUCGGCCUCUUCAAUAAUCCUUUGUCUCUGCGAGGAAAACUUUCAAGUGAAUCAUGUUUUCUCUUUAGAGGAGAGAUAUGGUCCAAUGUUAUGGUGGACCAAGGGACUGGCGGGUCUUACCAGCAAAGCAAUCAUGCGUUCUAAUCCCGGCGUUGUCAAAAUAUUGCCCCGGCCCCCAAAAAUGGAGCUUCGUGUUGAUGGCCUUCACGGGGAAUUUUAUACCGACGAAUCCAUCGUUGUCGGUAUAUCUGUGCUGAAUGAGGAGGAGGAAGACGCAGAAGUGGCCCUAGAAGUGCGCCUCCUCGGGCGCUCGGGGGUUGUCCCUGGAUUCAGUUGGCUUGCAUCACAGACCCCAGAGAUUGAGUCUGAGUCAAAGCCAGCUCUAUCGUCUCUCGAGCUUCCCCUGCAUCGGAUCGGACGACUUUCCGCGUCUGCGAGUGCUAUUGAGAAAAUCGAAAUCGCUCCAUUUUGCGAUCCCGGGGAGUAUGUUUUCGAAAUCAAGGUGGUCUAUCGACUAGUUUCAAAUCUAGAAACACCCAUUUCCAAAAUAUUGCCAACAUCUUUCACCGUUUCGAGACCGUUUGAGGCUAAUUAUGAUUUCAUGCCGAGGAUUCACCCGGGCCCCUGGCCAAAUUACUUCGCGGGCGAUGGUGGCCUAAUGGGAUCCGUGGAGUCAUCCGUCCAUCAAUCAAAUGGACUGGUACAGAGAUGGCAUUUGGCAGCUAAGGUUGCAUCGUUCGCCAAGCAGGCCCUUUUUAUAGAAGGUUCAGACCUCGCGGACAUUGGCACUGGUGGGCAGGCCAGCGUGUGCAGUAUUUCUACGCUAGGUCCGGCCAUAGCGUCGACCUCCGUCAAGCCUGGGGGCUUCCUUGUCUGCGAAUUUGUGGCCGAUGUUGCGGAAAGGAGCUUGGAGGAUCGGCGUAGCCAAUUUCUGGAUUUUGAGUUAAAGAUAUAUUGGAAGAGGAGCCAGUGCGACGGCGAAGAGAACUGCACCGCCUUGGCUGUUCCUCGAAUGCAGAUUCCUUUUGGUGAGCCUCGCGUUAUUGUGACUGCUCGACCAACUUUCGCACCUACGCCUCUGAUACACGUCGAAUACACCAUAGAAAAUCCUUCGAUGCAUUUUUUGACAUUUACAGCGACAAUGGAGGCAAGUGAGGAAUUUGCUUUCAGUGGGCCAAAAACAAGUACUGUCCAAUUGGUGCCAAUUAGCAGGUCAACAAUCAAAUACCGAAUCUUUCCUUUUAUCAACCGUGGAUGGAUCAGACCACGGCUACACGUUGUAGACCGUUAUUUCAAUAAACUCUUGAAGAUGAGCGGCAAUGAAGGCGUUCGAUCAGAUAAAGGGGGCUUACUAGUAGCUACUGGUAUAGGAGAUAGUAUGCACUAGCUGAAAUGUUCAGCAAAGA